GCUGCCACAUCGGACCGAACCAUUCUGUGUUAGCAACGACAUUUAAACUGAAAAAUAUACCAAAUAUACUCAUUACACGCAUUUUAAGUAAUUUAGAUUUUAAAUAUAGUCGAUUCGUGUUUGUUUGUGUGACAAAUUCACUCUUUAGUCCAUAAUACAGUGGAUUGUUUUACAGUUAGUCCAAAGCAGCACCCCCCUGUCGGCUCUCUUUAAAGUCGUCUGCUCCGUCUUGCUGCCAUGUUGGAUGUACGCAUCGAUGCUGCAGCUGCUGGAGUUCCCGAAUGAAAGUUGAGCGUUUAGCUGCGUACAGACACGCAGUGAGGGAUAAUAUUUUUAAUCCAGCACUGAAAGGAGACGUCAAGGUUCUUGCUUAACCAGGAGCAAGCCCGGAAAAUAACACCCCCCGACCUCCUCCGCCCUCCAGCUCGGAGUCGGACUCGGUGGAGAUGAUCCGGUUGCAGGCCACAGCAACCGGAGCCCGCAUGGAUUUUCUGUAAUAAGAAGUGUUUGCUGACUCCUUCAAAGGAUACCUGCUUUAUUUUCGGAGUGCACUAGACAAAAAAUCAGAGCCAUGAACAGCCACCCGCCUCCCCGCAGGUCUGCAAACGUCGGCUCCAUCCUCCUGACCCCGCAGGAGAACGAGUGCCUGUUCGGCUACCUGGGAAGGAAAUGCGCCACUCUGUGCUCGGCGGUGGUCCAGGUGUACGGAGCUGAUCGGAGCUGCAGCUGGGUGAAGAGGUGCUGUGGAGUGGCCUGCCUGGUCAAAGACAACCCCCAGAGGUCCUACUUCAUCAGAGUGUUCGACAUAAAGGAAGGGAAAACCAUGUUUGAACAGGAGCUGUACCACAACUUCUCCAUCAGCAGCGCCAGAUCCUACUUCAUCUCAUUCACUGGAGAUACAUGUCAGGUCGGUCUGAACUUUGCAAGUGAAGAAGAAGCCAAAAGAUUCCGAGCCGCCAUCAACGACCUGCUCAACAGACGACAACGCAAAACUGAGAAGAGAGGUGACCCUAAGAAUGGUCCAGCUCUGCACAUGGCCACGGUGGACAUCAAGAACCCGGAGAUCAACAACGUCCGAUUCCACAACUCCCACAGCCACCAGCAGCCGUACCACCUCAACAACAUGCUGAGCCACAGCGGCCUGAACCGGAAGGACAAGAAGACCAAAGGCAAGAAGAAGAAGCUGACCAAGGCCGACAUUGGCACGCCCAGCAACUUCCAGCACAUCGGUCAUGUGGGCUGGGAUCCUAACACAGGUUUUGAUCUGAACAACCUGGACCCAGAACUCAAGAACCUGUUCGACAUGUGCGGCAUCUCCGAGGCUCAGCUGAAGGACCGCGAGACGUCCAAGGUCAUCUACGACUUCAUCGAGAAGAAGGGAGGAGUGGAGGCGGUCAAGAACGAGCUCAGGAGGCAGGCUCCCCCUCCACCUCCUUCCCGUGGCGGCGCCCCUCCUCCUCCUCCACCCCCUCACAGCACAGCUCCACCCCCUCCUCCUCCUCCCCCGUCAAGAGGGGGGCGUGGGGCCCCUCCUCCCCCUCCUCCAUCCAGAGCUCCCGCCUCAGCUCCUCCACCUCCACCUCCAACCAGACCAGGAACUCUGGGAGCCCCGCCUCCCCCACCUCCUCCCAACAGGGGGGGUCACCAGCCUCCUCCUCCUCCCCACCAUCACCACCAUCAGCCUCCCCCUCCCUCCUCCUCCCUCUUCCACACACUCUACUGUCGCUCCUCAAGCCCGCCCCCUCCACCUCCUCCACUGGCCCACCAGUCUCCUGUCAGCGGCAGUGCCCCUGCUCCGCCUCCCCCACCUCCUCCUCCACCUCCUCCUCCCGGCCCCCCUUCCCCUCCGGAGCUGGACAGCAUCAGUGGCGGAGGAGACUCGCCUCACUCGCCGAGCCCCGGCGGGAAGUCGGCGCUGCUGGAGCAGAUCAGAGGAGGAGCCCAGCUGAAGAAGGUGGAGCAGAACAACCGAGCGCCGGCCUCUGGCAUUGGACGGGACGCCCUGCUGGACCAGAUCAGACAGGGGAUCCAGCUCAAGACUGUGCCAGAUCAUCCAGAGUCUGGCCCGCCAUCGUCGGCACCCACAUCGGGCAUCGUCGGCGCCCUCAUGGAGGUGAUGCAGAAGAGGAGCAAAGCCAUCCAUUCCUCAGACGAAGACGAGGAUGACGAAGAAGACGAGGACUUUGAGGACGACGACGAGUGGGAGGACUAGUGAAGAAGUCUCUUCUCCGACCUCGGCCUCGUCCUCACCGUUGACACUAAAACAUCAUCUUAAAAAAUCUUCCAGCAUCUGACUAAAACUGUAAUGUAAAUGUUGUAUGAAUUGGCUGUAUAUUUAUUUCUGCCUUUUUUCUGCUUUUUUUUAUGAUCAUUAAUCUGUGCAAUACCUCAUCUGUCCGUCACACAUCGUCAUGUUAAGAGACUCUCCACUUUCAACCCCCUCCCCCCCAAAAGGGAUCCAGCUGUUGUUAGAAUGCAUUUAGCGCCCCCUUCAGCACAAAGUGGAGACAUCGCCGGCGUCAUUUCACCAUAAAUGAUCAUCAAAUCAAACACUACUUCUCCACUGACUCAGAGUCUUCAUGAGCUCCAUCGCGGAGGAUUUUCUAAUUUCCUAUGUUUUCAUUCCUCGUCUACAGAAACUGAAAAGGGAGACGUACGUGCGACCAAACAGGCAGGAUCCUCUUUGUGUUUGACGGCGGUCCGUUUAAAAUAAAAAGAACUCCAGAUGACACUAUUUUCAUGACCCUGAGUUUCCUAAUAAAUAGUAGUUUAGUCGUGUUAUUUUUUCAUGAACCCUUUGACCAAAACGCGGCUUUUCAGUCGCCUCAUGUCCAGUUUCUUUUUUCUAUGAAGUUACAGCCGUUUAUUUGCACACUGUCGAUAUAAUCGUUGAGUUUUUGGUGUCGUUUCAGGUGUGCGUUUGUCACAUUUUUCUGUUCUUUCCAGUGGGACGUGAAAGCUGCACCUCCUGACCUUUUAAAAACACGACUGAGGUUCAGGACUUUCUUUGUUUAAGACAUUAACGUUAACUCGCACACACUGUGGUGUUUGUGAAAUGAUGGACGUUUUAUUCUCAAUGUCUGAUUGGUUGUUUCUGUUGUGACAUCAUCAUUCCGUUAUUUCCUGCAGCAGGGAAAAGUCUGUGGCGCUCCGGUCGGUAUUUCAAACUUAAAUCACGCUGUGCAUAAAAAUCAGAACAUCCUCCUCCAUCUUUGAUUUAACAAACUCUCAUUUUUAUGCAAUGCGACUGAAAAUGCCUCCUCGUGGAGAAUAAAUAAAAGAGCAAAUAAUAUUAAUGAACCAAAUGUGGCGUUUUUGCGAGCAGCUUGUGGAUUUGGCGAAGCUUGUGAUCCUCCCGUGUGUAAAGACGUAACUCAUGCUCGUUUUAAAUGUUCGUCUACCAGUUCUUACCGUCCUCCAGCGAGGCUUAAUGCUGCACCGACAAGCCGACAUACUGACAGAGAAAACCUGUGAAAAGGGUCGGGAGGGGAG